AUGUCGGGCCUACCAGAAGGCUGGGAAUCCGACUACGAUGGCCGACGCUGGUUCUACAAGUACCAGCCAACGGGGCAUAUUCAGUACCACUUCCCAAAAGAAGGCGACGAGUUUCCCGACUUCAUAGAUACGUUUUCGCCAGCGCCAGUCCUUGCGCCUGAAGAACGUCUCGAAUCGCAACAGCAGGUCCGAAGAUAUGCGAGCACGACUACACCUGCGAGGUUGAGCCCGAAAAAGGAAGAUGGAGGUUAUGGUAUGUCGGCUACGGCGCGGCCCGUAAGCAUGACAUGGGAUGGUGGGUUUGAAGAUGAGGAGAAUGGAGUGUUUCAGCCAGAAAACUUUAUGUAUCUGGGGCCUGGCACUUAUAAUGAUGUGAGCCCACUGGUAGAGGAGGAGGAGGAGGCUGCGAGGCGGGUUGUUGCCGGCGGAAUUGAAGGAAGAGUUGAGAAAAGCCCCUCCAAAGGUGUGAGUCCUCUUAAUAGCGAGAGGACGACGCCUGCUCAAGGGACAACAAUCGCGGGCCCAGUUACAGGAGAACCCGUCUUGGUGCCGCCUACAGUUAUUGAAGAGAUUCACGAGAUGCCAGUUGUUGAGCCUCCUCCGCGGCAUGACCCUGUGGGCAUUAUCGCCGAGAUGCCGACAGAUGACACAGCUCAGGCCCAUAUUGAGAAACACCCUCCACCGAUCGAGAUGGCGGAUAACAUGGUCCUGGCACCUAUUGAGACUGCAGUUUCUAUGAUGGCUGAACUACCAGAGCGUACCAGCCCGAAGACCAAGAAAAAGGAGGAACCACAGCUUGCGCCUGGAUCAUUGCGGGACUAUGGCGCCCAAAUGCAGCCGUUACGGAUAUCUAAAAAGCCUGCUGAGGAGACACCGCCUGGCUUUCAACCAUAUAAGCCAGCAGAUAUUUCUGUCGAUAUACCCCCAAACCCAGCGCCUCUUCGACGAGCGACUUUCCAACCUGAGGGGUCAAUGAUGGACGCAAGUCCAGUUCGGCCACCUGAUAGAGGUCAUUCUGGUACGCCCAAUGUCCUAUCGCCGCCUCAAGUACCACCAAAGCGUCCUCUCGAUGAGCCUUCACGUCCUCAAAUACCACCAAAGCAUCCUGAACAGCCUCAUCCCCUGAGCGUCGCUAACAAUGGAUCUUUGGUUCCGGAUCAGCAACCAGAGUUAUCACAUAUGCCUUCUGUACUGAAGCCAGCCCGUGGAAAAGCUCCGGGUCAGCAAACUGUGCCUGGUCCUGCAAGACCACCACAAGGACAUGGUUACGUGCCACCUACGCAAGGGAAGCAUCCUCCAUCUAUGACUCCAGCACCUCUUGUUCAGCAACAGCGUCUUGAGGAACCGCGAAUCGGCAUUCAAAGAGUCAACACUGUGCCUGACCUAUUGCCUUCUCAAAGACCACAGUCCACCAUCCAAACUGGACAUCAGUUGUUACCACCUGGUACAAUGGGUCAACAACAGGUGCCAAAACGACCGAAGAACCUUUUGUACAGAAGCAAAUGCCAGGUCAAGGCCCUGGAGAUCCAUCUCCUCCCAUAG